AAAUACACGGCACAUGGCUAGACUCACCUAACUCCUCUCCAAUCACUGUCCCAAACAAAUGAUUUCUCCUUGCUUUUAUACAUGCAUAUAUUACCAUAUAUUACCUAAUUGGGGAAUGGCCACAUUCUGGCAGAGGCAGAUUUAACCCUAUCUUUGGCAACCUUACAUUCCCACACCAACACUAUUUACAGCAGCAGGGCUGCUGCUCUGUCGCACCCUCCUUAGCCCAUCUCUAAUCAGACAGCCUAGAGUUAACUGUCAAAUGCUACUGCCUAACCUGCUAACCCUGAGGUCACUGAUCGUAUGGAGUCGGAUCUUCUUCGCAGUGUCCACUCUAUUCUGCUGGAGUUAGACGGGCAUCACACGGCUUCUCAGUUCAACAGAGGAAUGCUGAGAUGGACCUUGCACAAGAAAAUUGAAAGAAACCCCACCAACAACAGCACCUUGGUUGAAAUUGCUGUUAAAGAACUAGAGAGAGCAGAGAGGUCUGAUAACAAGCUUCACAUUAUUCCUCUCCUUCACACACUCAUGUAUGCUAUAGUACAGGCCGUUUACAUUCCAGAUGACCUGUACAAGAGGGCUUAUGAAUUCUGUAAAAGAUUACUGACGCUGCCCCAGCCCUACUGCACAGUUGGACUCAGUCAUGCAGUUCGUGUAAAAAGUGAAAGACUGACCCCAGGUGUUCUGUUCCAGAGGAUGGUCCUUUCUGAACAAAACAUCAAAAAUGAACUAUACCAAUACCAUGAAAAGGUGUUCGUGUUUGCAGACCCUGCCCUGUUGUCAAUGGAGAUGAGCGCAGCUCUCAGCAGUGAGAUCGAGUCAGCCAGCCCCUGCAGGAGCCACAUGAGCUACAUGUGUGAUGUCAUCGUGCACACCAUGCAGGCUGCGCUGGGGGACAGUUGUGAUGCUCCGGCACUGGAGCACAUGCUGAAGGCAAAAGGCCAAGACACGAUCGAGCUGUGCUUCCGGGAAGUGGUGGCGAAUGUGGAGGUGUGUGCAGAGGAAGCUGGAGGAAACCACAGCUUGUACACAGGCAGGCUGCAACAGCUCUACAGAACCAUCAUCAGCUCUGCAAACCCAGAUGGACAGUCCAGCAGCACACUUUUCGGCAUUCCACUCCCCAACCCUGAAAUCAGCUUUCAUCUUUGGAGAGAGGAUGAUUUCUUGUGGAAAGAACUUGCAAAGUUCACUAGGUCAGCAUCCUCCAGUGACUCUGUACAGUUUGAGAUGCCGGAUCCCAUUUCGGACCUCACAUCCAGCGAGCUCCUGCGGCUCUCGAUACUGUCGACAGACAGCGGCAUUGAGAGAGACCUGCUCCUCAGUGAGCUGCCGGCCGUCAGCGAGGAGCCCUCUGCUGGCCGCAGUGAGCAGGAGCAGGGGAGGCUGUUCAGGAGGGGUGGGUUUAAGAUGAAGCCCUCGGUGUCGGACGGCAUGGCUCUGCUGCAGGACACCCUGGAGGAGACGAGUGCGAACCCCCCGGGGAAGCUUCAGAGGAGAGCGAGGAGCCACGGGUUACCAGGCGGCAAACAGCAGAAGCUCUACACAGCUCGCAUUGUGGUGGUGGGCGAUGACAGGAUUGUAGGAAGACUUGCAAAGGCCUACUACUCUUUAAGGAAAAGGGACGCAAGACGACCGUUUCUCACACAAAAACUGAGCCUGCAGAUUUAUUACGUACCGGUAACUCAAGAAGAGUACUCUUUCACUAAGGAAAAUACUGUAGGAAGUGAUCUGUGUCAGCUGGCUGCAUACCUGGGCAGGGUUGAUCCGUGGUACGAAAACACCAUCAGAAGUCUCUGUCAUAUCAUACCCAAGCUGGCAAAAAUGAAAUCCUGCUCUGGUAAGUCCUUAGAGGCAAACUCCUUCCUGACCGACGUCAUCUCCUACUACGUGAGAAUGGGGGGGCAACCUGUUCACUUUUGCAUAUACUCAGUCAAGAUCACAUUUACCUGCCUAACCAAAGAAAACGUAGAAGAUGUGUUUGUCACCCAGCUCCAGAUUGACAUCCCAGAAUGUAUGAAGUUUUCCGGUACAAUGAAAGGAAGUAAUUGUGGAGCAAUGAUGACAAUCUCCUACAAAAAGGCAUCUCUAAGCAACAGGGAAGUUGAGAAGGCGCUGUCGUUACGAACAUCUGGUUUGGUUUUGAGAGCUAUACCUUCCUGCGAAACUGAAGACCUUGACUGUCUGACUGUGAGCUUUUCUGAGGGAUCCAAGGCGAAGACAGGUGUGGACAGCAAGAUUAGAACCUGCAAUAUUAAAAUCAGGACACUUGAACAAAAACCUUUCACUGUUUGUCUUGAUCAAGACUACAGGAGGAUCUUCAAGAAUGUUGCAAGCAUUGAAGUAUCGCCUUGUUUGGAGCCUGGUUAUGUUAUGCAGAAAAUGCAGAAUUCAAGAUUCAGUGUGUCUGACCAAGAAGACGUUGGACUGACCAAAUACAUGUCCAAGGUGCUUCCCCUGCCAAUCAACACGUUUGCUGGCAUCAUACAAUGACAGUGACAAUCGAGGGGGAAAAAUACAGCAGGUGUUAACUACAGCACUUUACAGAUGUGUGUCAAUGCAAGCGUGAGUUCCUAUAGGUUCACAAAAGUUGUAUUCAUCUGCAGCAGGCAACAUUGUCGAAAGCUGCAGGACACUUUACCUUAUAUAGAAUAUCAUGGCAGAUAAAAACACUGGUGAAAUAGUGUUUAACAUGUGACCUCAUUUAGAGGCAGCUCUCCUCUUCAAAUAUCCUUCAUAGCGGUGUCAUCUGCUUCAUGUAGGGACGAAACUGAAAGCCUGAAACAGAGCAGCCACACACAGCUGAGAUUGAUCUACACAGGAGUCAGCAUUAAAGAAAUCAACAUGCUGGCCUGGAAAUGAAACCCUUUUAAUAUUGGAAAAAUGUUGCAAGUUAAUGGAAGUCAAAUAACAAGAUUGUCACUGUUUUACAUGCAGUCAAAAGUAUGCCACAAUCUAAUCAAGGGGAGAACGCCACCCAGGUGGCACCAUGCAAAGCCCAGCUGUAAGUUUUACAAGUUUUUAAAAGUUUUAAAACUUACAGGCUGGUGUUUUUAAUGGUUUUUGUUCCAAUGCAAGAUUAGCACCAAAUGGUAAAAAAUAAAUCACCUUCCGUUAGUUCAUGGAACAUGAUUCAUUUUAACAGCACUGUGAUAACACAUGGGGGUGUCCCUUCCAAACACAGUCAUGUGAUCACACAGGUGGAAAACGUAAUGGUGGUGCCUCAAGCUUAACUUACACUAGCUUUAUCGUUCAUACCGUGAGAAUAUUGAAACUUUUUCCAUUUCAGGGACUUUAUUAAAUGAAAAAAUAAUAAUACCUAAUGUUGCAACAUGUUGCAACAGCUUACUGUAUGUAAAAAUGACGUCCUGUAAGUCAAACAAAAUGUUAUAUAUAAGAUAAUUUAUUAAU